UAUUUACUUGUGUGGCAGCACUGUGAAUUCUUGUUUUGCAACGAAGUCUCGCCGUGGCUUCGUUUUCCUUUGUGGACCGUUUUUUGUCACUAAAAGGGACACAAGCAACGUGCUCUGUCUUGCGUUCAGAGCUAGAUGACAGUGAAGACCAAGACCCGGGAACCCGACGCCCAGAAGCAAUAAUUGUCUCCCUACCAUCUAGCUAAGCAACUCCAUCCACCUCUCUUUCAAAAAAAAAAACACCAUCCACCUCAGAUCCACAAGCUCUGCAUUCGGAACCCAAAAUCUCUCAACCUCAACCAGUGCCUCCUCAUCCAGCGUUUGGGGAUCGGAUCAUUGCACUGGCACGGAGUUGGAACUAAUCAAGCCAUCAGCAGCACAAGUGUCACUCUGUAGUUGCUGGUGCUCUUGUCUUCUUUCUUUUGAGAGACAAGCUUCUCAUGUAACUGGCAAGUAUAAGAGUUGAGCAUCUCGGAGCUACUGAAAGCACCAACAGCCACUCUGUCAUCUAGCUAAGCUGCAGCUCCUACCUUAUGUGUGCAGAUCUGCUGGAUCUUGAGCCCCAAAAAACCUUUUUGCGAUUCCAACCAUUGCUGCGUUUCAAUAUUUGGAGAUGGAGUAGGCAAAAGCAGCUGGUCAUCCAGUCUCCCCCGUGAGCGCCAGCGCCGCACACGCUCAAGGACUUCACCGGGUAUUGGGUAGUAAGCACAAGUGACGUUGCUGCUCCUCUUUAGGGAAGAGGCUCAAAACCAGAACCUUUGAAGUAUGAGUGGAAUAGAGGUAGCUUUAGCGUCUGGAGUGUUGAAGACUGCUGGUGGCAAGCUAGCUUCACUGGUAGCCAGUGAGUUUGCUUCCAUAACAGGUGUGGAGAAAGACCUCCGUGAGCUCCAGGGCAAACAUGAGCACAUAAGUAGGUGGUUGGCUGCAGUUCGUGACGGAGCCAUAGGGACUAGCACACCACUUCCACAGGUGAACGAAUUGAGAAAUGUUGCCUAUGAUAUUGAAGAUUUACUCUUUGAAGUCGACAUUGAAGCUGAGAAACACAAGAUACACAGCGACGGUGACAAGCAACCAAUAGCGGACUGCUUCUGUGCAAAACCAAAAUCACUUCUGUUCAGAUGCAAGGUGUCCAGUAAGAUCAAGGCAAUCAGGGUGAAAUAUGAGAAGAUUGUAAAGCAGGCAAGUGAUGCUAAUAUUAUAAGGAACAAUUUAGGACUGGAUCAUCCUGUUCGAAGUAGCAACACCAGGACAGCUGGAGAGCCCUCCAUGCUAUCUAAUGUUGAAGACUCAAAAAUACCCAGAAGAGAUCAGGAGAAGGAUGAAAUCAUAAGUGAGAUUUUACAACCUAAUGAAGGGGAGGAUGGCAGAACGGUAGUAUCUAUCGUUGGAUUAGGUGGGUCGGGCAAAACUACUUUGGCCAAACACAUCUGCAAUGACAACAAGAUAAAGGAGCACUUCAGAGACAUGAUAUUCUGGGUGUAUGUAUCUCCAGAAUUUGAUGUCACCAAGCUUAUCAGCAAGCUGUUUGAAGCAAUCGUUGGGGAAAGGUCUGAUCUUCAUGUUCAACAGAAUAUGCCUCGUGAAAUCUCAAACAAGUUAGGUGGUAAGAAGUUUCUUCUUGUCCUGGAUGACGCAUGGCAUCAGGACAAACAUGACUGGGAACAAUUCAUGGUGCACCUCAAAAGUGGCGCACCUGGAAGCAAGAUUUUGCUUACUACUCGUGAUCUGAAGGUUGCAGAAAUUGUGAAAUCAUGGCAUAUAUAUGAGCUGGGAUUGUUAUUGGAGGCUGAGAGCUGGAGCUUGUUUCUAAAGAGCUCUGGGUGCGUAGAGGAGGAUUUGGGCUCUGAGUAUGUAGAAGUUGGAAAAGAGAUCCUGAACAGAUGUAGUGGGGUGCCUCUAGCAAUCAGAACACUUGGAGGUAUCCUCUCUGAGAAUAAGGAAAUAAGUAUCUGGAGAGCCAUAGGAAGGAGCGACUUAUGGACAUAUGAGAGUAUAGAAGGCAGAGUGUUCUCUUCCUUGAAAUUGAGCUUCAUUCACUUGCCAGAUGAACUAAAGCAAUGCUUCUUUCUUUGCUCUAUAUUCCCAAAGGGCUCAAAAAUCUACAAAGAUCGCUUGAUUUCCCAAUGGGUAGCACAUGGAUUCAUCAAUUUGAGGAAUGGAUUGCAGCCAGAAGAUAUCGAAAGUGGCUACUUUGAUUCUCUUGUAAAAGUUGGCUUUCUUCAGGAUCCUUCAAAGGACAGCGAGACUGAACAGCUAGUAUGCAAGAUGCACGAUUUGAUUCAUGAUCUCACUCGACACAUACUGCAGGACGAAAUGGUGACCAGUGUAUCAAGUAUUAUGACAGCAAACCGCACUCAGAGGUGCAGAUACUUAUCGAUGACUUCAUGGCCAGAGAAGGUUGACAGGAAUUCAUUUCACAAGGUCCAUGCUCUCUUUAUCUCUGGAGGUAAUCCAAUAUUUGAUAAACCAGUUAAGAAGAGCUCCUGUGUCUGCAGUGUUGUUCUGGACUUCACAGAAAGCACUCCAUUUCCUCAAUUCACACUGAAAUUUGAAUAUCUCGGAUAUCUUGAAAUCCGUAACUUUAGUUGCACGAAAUUUCCAGAAGCCAUCUCAAGUUGUUGGAACUUGCAGUCACUUCGUUUAAUCGGGUGCAGAGGUCUUGUUGCAUUACCAGAAUCUAUUGGCAAGCUUAAGAAGCUCCGAACUCUAGAGUUGAAUUGUGCUUAUGAUCUUGAGAGUUUACCUCAGUCAAUUGGUGAUUGCCGAGACCUUCAAUCCUUGAAUAUAUAUUUUUGUUGGCAAUUAAGAGAGGUACCAAGCACCUUGUGUGAAAUUAGUAACCUAAGAGUCCUUCAUAUAUAUAAUUGUUUAUCUCUAAAACAGUUGCCGUCAGAAUGCAACUUGCGUACUCUGGACCUUCUUGGAACCGAAGUUAGCAUGCUACCUCCAUGGAUUACUACGAUUGGUACUCUAGAGUGUAUAAACCUUCAACGUUGCCGCAAGCUGCUGGAGUUGCCUAAAGGCAUAGGUAACUUGAAAAGACUCACAGUUUUGAACAUAGAGGGUUGCAACAAACUGCGUUGCAUGCCGUCAGGUAUUGGACAGUUGACUAGUUUAAGACAGCUGGGCUUAUUUUUUGUCGGGUGUGGUAGAGAUGAUGCGAGAAUCUCUGAGCUUGAAAAUCUUGAUAAGCUAAGUGGUGAAUUGAAAAUUAGAAACCUUAAGUAUUUGAAGGAUCCAUGUGAUGCUAAGAAGGCUUGCUUGAAACAGAAGAAUGGCAUAAAGACUCUGGUUUUGGACUGGUCUUUGGAUGAAGAAGAAAAAGAGUUAGCCUCAGAUGUGGAACAAGAGCAGGGUGUGCUGAGUGCUCUUGAACCACCAUCGCAUAUUGAGAGCUUGAAAAUCAAAGGUUACCAAGGUCUCUGUUUGCCACGGUGGUUGAUGGAGCAGAAUGGUUCUUCUUAUUGUGAAGGCACAACGUUAAAGCAAACUGGUCCUUGCCAGUAUCUGUCUUUAACAAAUCUGACACUAUCACAUUUUCCCAACUUGAAGCAUAUGCGAGGACUUGGGAAGUUUCCUUCACUUAAGGACCUCAAACUAUUGGAAAUGGCUAGUUUAGAGGAGCUGUGGACUACAACAAGAGGUUUUGAAAUUCAGGAGGAAUUAAGUGCACAAUACUGCUUCCCUGCCGUAUCCAACCUAUCCAUACGGGACUGCCCGAAAUUGAGUACAAUGAAGCCAUACUUCCCACCAUCGCUGGAGAAGCUGUGUUUAAGUGGAAACAACUUGCAGCUGUUAUCCCCAGGCAACUUCUCUCAUCUGCUUCCUACACCUGCCAAUGAAUCCUCAUCACCCAGCACCCUGCACUCGGCAGCCCCUCUUUUCAAGCAACUCCAAAUGCUUCGAAUGAUGGGAUCAUCACCUGGCUGGGAAUUGCUUCAGCACCACACUUAUUUGGAGACCUUACUGAUUUUCGACUGCGAUGACCUGACACAAGUACCUGAGAGCAUUCGAAGCCUCACCUCCCUCCGGCAGCUGCAAAUCAUCGAUUGCCCCGCCCUUGGCGCGCUGCCUGACGUGAUUCAUCACCUCACCUCCCUUGAAUAUCUUGACUUGGUACAUUGUGGUGCGCUGGCCGAGUUGCCAGAGUGCAUCGGGCAACUAUCUGCGCUUCGGCGGAUUUACAUCAUGGGUUGCCCUGCCCUUCAGUGCCUGCCCCAAUCCAUACAACGCUUAACUGCUCUCCAGAGAUUGAUCAUUGCCCGGUGCCCUGCUUUGGCGAGUCGUUACAAGCAAGGAGUGGGGCCGGAAUGGCACCUUAUCUCUCACAUCCCUUUCGUGCGGAUAUCUUGACCAGAGGAUUAGGAGGCUGACGGCCCAGCGCCUUUGCCGCCCAAGACAUGCGCGCGAACGCGGCACCACCAAACCCCGUGGUUUGGACAUUUACGGCUGCCCUGCUUUGGCGAGGCGUUACAAGCGAGGAGUGGGGCCAGACCGGCACCUUGUCUCUCGCAUCCCUCAUGACUCAUGAGACGAUAUAUCAUAUAUACAUUAACUGGAUUAGGACUCCUAAUGGCCCAGCGCCUUGCCUUCCAGGACGCGGCAGCAUCAAGCACCUUGGAUCGGAUUGGAUUGGAUUUCAAGGACUAGAAGGAUUCGACUGCUGGUUGGUCCCCUUUGUCUAGAUUACCCAGAAGUGUUCUAACGAACAAGCUUACCACUGGAUGCUCCUGAGAGGAAGCACAUUAAAUUUUGCUCGUACUCCUGCUCCUGCGCUUCCUGUAUGCAGAUAUUAAGCUCCCUUAAAGUUUGUUUACAAUGUUGGUGAUUCAUUAAACACACUCGCUUUGGAACACAUUCAGGCCCUCUGCUUCAUCAUCCUUGCAUUCAGACGACAAUAAGGUGGAACAUGAAGCCUUCAUGUCGGUGCUUGCAUGAGUCCAGUUUCGUGUGGCAGUGCUGAUUCGCAAGAGAAAAUACCUCCUAAUGUGGUCCUAAUUUUCUGGGCAUAUGCUGAUGGUGUCUCGAUAUAAGCUGUUUCCCUGCCUUAAAGAACACUCUGUUUCUGGGCACCGAUGGACUCUGUCCUCAUCUCAGCCAAUCCAAUGGCGGCGUUCUGUUCGCGGUCGGCGGCCGCUGGCCGGUGCCAAGAGCGACGACGAUGAGUGAGUAGCUGCCAAGAGCGAGGGUCAUGUAUAUAUGAUCAGAAGUUCACGCCCAUCCCGUCGCAUUCCAGUUUGCAAAUUAGCAGCCGCGAUUGGCUCGGUUUCAAACGUUUGGGGCCAUGUUUUGGGUCCUUGUAUGAUGCCAAUGGAUUGAAUUUUUCGUUGGCAGGAGAGUUCCAUGGUGUCUUGUUUGUCAAAUCUGUUGAUUACAGCCUCCGAGAGUCGUUCCUACUAAGCUGGAGAAAAGGAUGCAAUUGCAUUUUGGGG